AUGCCUCACGCCGAUUCCUCCUAUUUCUAUGGCCAGACCAAGGCCGAGGUCUACUCACAGCUCUUGGACCAAGCUAAAGGUCUCGUUGACGGACAACGCAACUGGCGACAUGGAAUUGACUCUCCCACUAGCAACCUGUCCAACAUCUCCUCCCUCCUCUGGCACGCCUACGCCGCCCUCCCUUCCCCAUCUUCCGCCGUUAACUGGGCCGGUUUCUACAUUCGCGAUGACAAAUUCCCGGCUCUCGCCUCGCCCGUCUCCUCACCCCCGCUGACUGGCGAACCGAGCUUCGGUGGUGUAACCAUCUCGACGACGUACGCCUCUCCCGAAGACCAGAUUUUGCUUCUCGGUCCUUUCCACGGCAAGCCCGCUUGCCAGCAGAUCCGCUUUGGAAAGGGUGUCUGCGGUACGGCUGCCGCUAGCCAAAAGACCGUCAUUGUACCUGAUGUGCUAGAAUUCCCUGGUCAUAUUGCCUGUGAUGCCGACAGUCGGAGUGAGAUUGUCGUGCCCAUUGUCAUUCGUGGAGAGACUGUAGCCAUCAUCGAUAUCGACUGCACACUCCCCUCUGGCUUCGAUGAGGAAGACCAGAAGUACCUUGAGAAGCUCGCCGAGCUUCUGGGCGAGACCUGCGAUUGGUGA